AAAAUAAACCCUAAGCACAUACCCAUUUCAAUACAUUGUUUCGAUCUAGUUCAUUUUCAUUAAUUCCACCAAUCCUAGUUAAGUCCAUCAUGCCUCUGUCAACCCUUGUCGCCAGAAAACCACUGAAACCCAUUGACAGGCUCAAAAGGUUUGCCAUCCCAACAAAGGCAUUACCCUUGUUCCCACAAUUCAAUGGUCAUCAUUUCGUGUCUGUGGACUUUUGGCAUGGCUCAAAAAGUUGGCCUAUGGUCAUAUCCAUUCGCACGCACGGCUACAAAAAACCUGUAAUCUCUAAGGGUUGGAUACCCUUUGUCCGCGAAAAUCAGUUGGAGGUUGGUGAUGUAGUAAUAAUCUUCAGGGACGAAGACAAAGCCGGAAUCUGGUAUCGGAUUGAGAUCGAGAGAGGGAGCAGGCCACUUCCUACUCUGUAUCGUGACCUUGAAGAGCAGCAGGUGCCAAUAUUUCCCCGCAGUAAUAUCAAUGAGGGAACUGCAAACAGUAAUGUCAAUCUAGAGGUCGUUGCAGCCAACAUCCUUGCCAUCAAACAAGAGACGCAACUGGCCCCUGCAAAUGUUCCGCCAAUUGCUCAGAGGGCUGAAGAGCUCAGUCUGAAGCCAGAUAACGUGAAUUUAAGGUUGAUAGUCGACAAGGGUUCGCAAACACCCAUGUUGGCUGGCUCCAGUGAGGAACCCACAUGGCAUGCCAAGCAAGAUAAUUGGAGUUUGACGUGUCUCUCUAGACGAUUAUUUCGAGAUCGGGAAAUUGAGAGAUAUUCAGAUGCGAGAAUGCCCAUCGUAACUGCUGUGCAGCUUGUCAUAAGGAAUCAGAAUUGUUGUCGUACGUCCGAGGUUGGGCACCUCAGACCUAUCCUUACACUAUUCCCCCCUCGAAGUCAUUCACUUGUGAAUGAUGUGGUAAAGGGAGUAUAUGAUAGCAGAACUGAGGUAAAACAUAUGGCAUUGGGUCAUUAUGGUCGGAGCCGAAGUGAAACGUGUGACGCUGGGUCACGAUGGGCCGGAGGCGAAGUAAAACGUGCCGCUGGGUCACUGUGGGCCGGAGCCGAAGUAAAACAUGUGACAUUAGGUCACUGUGGCCAGAGCCGAACCGAAGUGAAGCAUGUGACACUGGAUUACUGUGACCAGAGCCGAAGUAAAGCAUGUGACACUGAGUCACUAUGGCCGAAGCCGAAGCGAAAAAUAGUGGCCGUAGUCAUGUGGGCCGUAGUCGAGAUGAAUGUAGUGACCGUAGUCGUAGUGGUUGUUAGCGGAAGAGACAAGUAUGACCAGAGUCAUCAGACAAACCCUAGCCCUCAAUUUUUCUUGCUUCCUUUUGCUUUGCCGCCAGCCACUCUCCCAAAAGCUCCCAAAAUCUUUUGAUUUAUCUCUAAAUCCAUUCAAAGUUUGGAUAGAUCACAACAACACAAGAAGAGAUUUUCGGAUUUGAAGUCCUUAUCAAGAGUCGCAGAAGAUUUUUGAAGUCGAUUCAAAUUGGGAGUCCUGAUAUUUUAAAGGUAUGAAUCUAGCCUUAAAAGAGGGAAGAUGUGCAAAGAACUAGAUUAGUUUUAGAAUUUCAAAUUCUAA